AUGCCAUUGACAGCUGGACCCGACAAUGUCCAGAGUGAGACCGUCUUACAAGAGGAAGAGGCUCAGAUUGUUGCUGUGCCAGAAGUAACCAACUUGGAGGAUUCUGUUUCUGCGGGUGGCUCCGUUUAUGAUGUUGAAGUACAUGUACAAGCACCCCUAACAUCUAUUGUUGAGGACCUGGUGCAUAGUCAGGUUCCACGGGUUGUAGAAGUAGAAGAUGAGAGUCCUGUGUUUGUUGAGCAAGAGGAUUCCGACAUAGACCUGGUGGACCGGUUGGCGAGGGAGUAUCUGGAGAGUUCCACCCUGUAA